AUGAAAGCUUCAGAGGACCAGGUUGUCGAAGAUGACGCUGCUAUUCAGGAUGAUGAGGAGUCCUUUUUCCAAGACAUUGACCUCCUACAGAAACAUGGGAUUAAUAUGGCCGACAUCAAAAAGAUGAAGUCAGUGGGUAUCUGCACAGUGAAGGGCAUCCAGAUGACCACUCGCAAGUCUCUGUGCAACAUCAAGGGUCUGUCAGAGGCAAAAGUGGAAAAAAUCAAAGAGGCUGCCGGGAAAAUGCUGAGUGUUGGUUUCCAGACCGCCUUCGAGUACAGUGCCAAGAGGAAGGAGGUGUUCCACAUCACGACUGGGAGCCAAGAGUUUGACAAACUGUUGGGUGGAGGAAUAGAGAGUAUGGCUAUCACAGAGGCUUUUGGAGAGUUCCGCACUGGGAAAACACAGCUUUCUCACACACUUUGUGUGACUGCUCAGCUGCCAGGAGAGGACGGCUACUCAGGCGGGAAGAUCAUCUUCAUUGACACAGAGAACACCUUUCGCCCAGACAGACUGAAAGACAUAGCUGACAGGUUUAAUGUGGACCAUGACGCUGUGCUGGACAACGUGCUUUAUGCCCGGGCCUACACCAGUGAACACCAGAUGGAGCUGUUGGAUUUUGUAGCAGCCAAAUUUCACGAGGAAGGAGGGGUCUUCAAACUGUUGAUCAUUGACUCCAUCAUGGCUUUGUUCAGAGUGGACUUCUCUGGUCGAGGAGAAUUGGCUGAGCGGCAACAAAAACUGGCCCAGAUGCUCUCAAGGUUGCAGAAGAUCUCUGAAGAGUACAAUGUAGCUGUGUUCAUUACCAACCAAAUGACAGCUGAUCCUGGUGCAGGAAUGACGUUUCAAGCUGAUCCCAAGAAGCCAAUCGGUGGACACAUCCUGGCCCACGCCUCCACCACCAGGUUGAGUUUGAGGAAGGGGCGUGGAGAGAUGAGAAUUGCCAAGAUAUUUGACAGUCCUGAUAUGCCAGAGAACGAGGCCACUUUUGCCAUCACUGGUGGAGGAGUCGCUGAUGCCAAAGAGUGA